AUGGCCACGCGAAGAGACGCAGCCAACAACGGCUCAAGAGGGCCAACUCCGCAGCCGCCGUCAAAGGCAAACACAAACUCAAACUCAAAUACCUCGGGAUCCAAUCGAUCAGGCUCCACGGGCGGGAAACGGCCAAACAAUACGUCAAAGUCGAAAGGCGUCGCAUGGGCAGACGACAAGACGGCAUCAAAACAACAGCAACAGCAAGCUCAGGAUCAAUUGACCUUUUAUCGCGAGGGAACACCGCCUCCUCUGGACGAUGACGGUUAUCAACAAAGCAGCUUGAGCACUGGCCCGCACGCAGCCGGUACUUACACAUACGAUUACAGCUACGACCACGUGGCUCCGCCCGCUCCGAUUCCUCAAGUGACGAUAUGCGGCGUGCGAAAGCGUGUGUUUUGGAUCGCUAUCGGCGUAGCUAUUCUUGUCGUCGUGAUCGCGCUUGGUGUUGGCAUUGGCGUGGGAGUGGGCUCGAAACAUUCCUCAACAUCGAACGGAGACAACGCCACAAAUAGCCUCUCCAGCGCCUCCAUCCAUACAGUCACACCCACAUCAAUAGCGGUCGAACCCACGCAGACUGCACUGCUGGCGUGCCCUGCGGCGAACAAUACCAAGUACGAAGUAAAAUCGGUCAAGAAGACGUUUCUACGGGUAUGUGGAGUCGACUAUGUCGGGAGUGGAGGAGCAGUCGACUUGGGCGUUGUGUGGACAGCCAGUAUGCAGGAUUGCAUGAACAGUUGCGCGGGUUAUACCAACUGUACUGGCUGUAGCUGGGGUGUCAUUCCUGGUGACGGAGGCAGCGACCAUAGAUGCUGGCUGAAGAGCGACUUGAAGUCUCCUACUUCUGUUCGGAGCGGGUGGGAUUUUGCCAUUUUAGAAUGA